UUUAUUUUGCAAUCACCAGAGGCGUCUGAAUCAAGGACCUCCACACAGGCAUCUGAUGAUACUGCCGGCUGACACUAUUCAUUUGAUAAAAUAAACACAGCAGUGUUUUGUCUCCGCAUACAGGCUCGGAUGCAGCCGAGGAUGUUGGUUUUAAUUAUAGUCAGCCUAAUCUGACGAAUGUCUGUGGUGUUUAAGGGGGAAAUGUGUGGAUUUAUGGAGUCAGAGCUUUAAAUGAGGAUCAUGGCGUUUCCGGAGGGAGAAUCACUCGAGUCCUGGCUCAACAAAGCCACACACCCAACCAACAGGCAGGAGGACUGGGAAUAUAUAAUCGGGUUCUGUGACCAGAUCAAUAAGGAGCUGGAAGGUCCUCAGAUAGCUGUGAGGCUCCUGGUUCACAAGUUCUGCGCUCAAGAAUGGGAAGCCCUUCAGGCGCUGACGGUCCUGGAGGCCUGUAUGAAGAACUGCGGGCGAAGAUUUCACAAAGAAAUAGCCAGAUAUAGAUUUUUAAAUGAGCUGAUUAAAGUGGUUUCACCUAUGUACAUGGGGAACAGUAUUUCAGAAAAGGUGAAGAGUAAGAUCAUAGAGAUGUUGUACAGCUGGACGGUGGCGUUUCCCAAUGAGGCCAAGAUAGCAGAGGCGUACCAGACGCUCAAGAGACAGGGACUGGUGAAAUCAGACCCGGAGCUGACGGUGGACAAAACCCUUAUCCCGUCUCCUCCGGCACGACCCAAAAACCCGGUGUUUGACAAUGAGGACAUGGGGAAGUUGCUGGCUGAACUUCUGAGGAGCAAAAACCCUGAGGACCUUCAGGAGGCCAACAGGCUCAUCAAAAACAUGGUGAAAGAGGAUGACGCCCGCGUGCACAAGCUGACCAAGCGCAUCAACACGCUGGAGGAAGUGAACAACAACGUCAAGCUCCUGACUGAAAUGCUGAGUCAAUAUGACAGAGAGCGAUCGUCAGACGCCGACCGUGAGCUCAUCAAGGAGCUGUACGAGCGCUGUGAUAAACUCAGACGCACUGCCUUCAAACUGGCCACUGAAGCCGAGGACAACGACUCCAGCCUGGGAGACAUUCUCAAGGCAAACGAUGAUCUGUCCAGAGUGAUCAGCUGCUAUAAGCGAAUCGUUGAAGGACAGGCGGACGACGGUGAGGCUGAAGAGCUCAGACCGGCUGCUAAUGAAGCAUGUGAGAGCGGCACUGGCACACUCAUUGAUCUGGCUGGACUGGAUGAACCUUCCUCUCCUCCUCCACCUCCUCCUCCAGCUCCAGCUCCAACUUUAGCUCCAGCUCCAGCUCCUCAGAUUUCCUUAGCCACUCAGAAGGCCUCCUCCAUUCCUGUGUUGCCACCUCCUCCUCGCCGAUUGGCCGGUGCUCACGGCAGUCAGACGAGCAGCCCCAAUCACAAAGCAGCAGAGCAUCAGAGCUCUCUCUCCCUGCUGGACGACGAGCUCCUGUCUCUCGGACUGAACGACCCUCCCUCUGUGCCAAACAGACCAAAGCUGGAUGAUUUAUCUGCUCAGUGGACGUCUCUACAGGCUCCUGAUCCGGGCCUGGACCUGUUUGGGAGCAUCUCAGCUCCGAGUGCCGUCUUUCCGUCAACACACACUCCUGCACCGACCUCACACACACUCACACACGCUCAGGGCCUGCAGGAACUCUCCGUGUUGGACUUUGGAGGUGAAAAGAGUGUUUGUGGAGCGAGUGGCAUCGCUGGAGGAGCGUUCGGUCAGUCUGCAGCAGUGAUGUGCUCGGCAGCUCCUCUGUCCUCCUCUAACCCGUUUGUGAGUGCGCCACUGUCCGGAUCUCCGGCUGUCUCCCGGGCUCAGGCGGUGACGGGCGGAUCAGCUCCAGGAAGCCCUUUCUUUCAGCCCUUCUCAUCUCCAUCUCACUCUCUGCAGAGCAGUCCGGCCCGCAGCUCUGAACCCAGCCUGACCAACCUGCAUGUCCCGCUUGAGGCCAUCAGACCCAGUAAAGUCUUACCCGUGACGAUGUAUGAUAAGGAUGGAGUUCGAGUUCUCCUGCACUUUGCGAUGGACUGUCCGCCGGGUCGACCGGACGUCCUGGUCAUGGUGGUGUCGCUGCUUAACACGGCACCGCUGCCCGUGAGGAAUGUAGUUCUGCAAGCAGCCGUGCCCAAGUCUAUGCGAGUGAAGCUUCAGCCUCCGUCUGGUACAGAGAUCUGUCCCUUUAACCCCAUCCUGCCCCCCGCAUCCAUCACUCAGGUCAUGUUGCUCGCAAACCCGCUGAAGGAGCGUGUGCGUCUGCGCUAUAAGCUGGCGUAUCUUCUGGGAGAGCGUCAGUAUUCAGAGGUUGGAGAGCUGGAUCAGUUUCCUCCAGCAGACAGAUGGGGCUCGCUGUAGAUUUAACCGUUUCCUCAUUCAUUUCUGUUCAAUCAGUGGUUUACUGUAGCCUUGUGAAGCAGCAUUUGAUGCUUGAUGUUUCAGCUGGAUAUUAAUACAAUAACACAACCGUCAGUGACGCACAUGAUUGUCAGAAGAGGACACACACGAUUCAGAGACCGCUCUUACCAGGGUAAUCAUAGUUUACAUUAAAAUACCACGGUGAAAUAAAGUCAAGCAGCACUUUGAUGAAUGAAUUGUUCAAAUGUUAAAACAUUAUUUAUGCAAACUGCAAACCAGUUUAGACUCUACUUGGUGAUCAUUUAGUUUACCGACUUGUUGUCAGUGUUAUUUUAGUAUCAUUGAGAUACUAUAGUAUUUUUACAUAUUUUUAACUUUAUUUAAUUCUUACAUUUUCGUUUUAGUUUUUUUUCGUGCUUUUCAUUUUUAUUAUACACUCACUGGCCACUUUGUUAGGUACACCUGUCCAGUUGCUCAUUAAUGCAAAUUUCUAAUCAGCCAAUCACAUGGCAGCAACUCAAUGCAUUUAGUGCAUGGUGAAGGCAAUCUGCUGCCGAAUCAAUCACCAGAAUGAGGAAGAAAGGGGAUUUAAGGGACUUUGAACGUGGCAUGGUUUUUGGUGUCAGACGGGCUGGUCUGAGUAUUUCAGAAACUGCUGAUCUACUGGGAUUUUCAC